AUGGGCAGGAUGAAGUCCAGCUUUUUGGCCGACCGGAAUCUUGGCCAUACACCGUCUCCCACGUCUUCACCCAGCCUGACAGACUCCGAGUCCUUAACAGCCUCUAGAGCACAAGGCCUUCCAAAUGUGUCUUCCACCCCAUCAUUUACAAUAUUGGAUGACAGGAAAAUUGUGAAGCCUUCGAGCCAAGACUGGGACGGCUCAGCAUGCAAAUGCCGGUGUACAUGCAAGCGGAACGAAUGGCAGCAGAUGAAUGCCUUGACGGAUGUGGCUUUUAGGAAGACACCAAAAAAGACGAUCAUUGGACGAGGGGUCAAUCUUCUUGAUGGCAAACCGACAACUCUAGCGGCAGAGCAAUGCAUACGGACAAACGGGCAGGAGAAAGAGGACGGGAAUGAGGAGGUGGGAAAAGAGAGGAAUUAUUUGGAAGAAUUUAUGCUGGGAGAAAGUGAGAUUGGGGCCAGAUGGAAGCGAAGGGCCUCGAUCUCGGAAUUCGUACCCACGAAAUGGCCAAGCGCACUUUUGGAAGCCCAUUUACGAAAGCAGGUAAAUUGGCAUGAUUGA